AUGGAGCAACUCACUCAAAUUUUGGGCGUUCAAGCGGGCAACACGGCGAUAAUCCCGAAGAUCAUGAUCGCCAAGGCUAGGAACUUCUGGACACCAAUAGCAGCCGCGACCUUCACUCCUUGGCAACACGAGGCCUUCAUGAUACGACAUCCUGCAGUCUGCUACCUCCAGCAAUUCAUGGCAUCCACCCUAUUUGCACGAGAGGAUACGCAAACCGUCUCCAUCACAGAACUAAACAUGCUCAUGGAACCUCUCCACUUCAUGAUGAACAACCGUUUAGAGGUUGCGGACAUCGCGUCAAGGGUAGCACUACAUAUGCACAAAUUCAUCAACCGCACCAUAGAAGCACUUUUGAAGAAGUAUGGUGUGAGACAUAAGGUGGCUACCCCGUAUCACCCUCAGACGAGCGGACAAGUUGAAGUCUCAAAUAGGGAGAUCAAGGCGAUACUUGAGAAGACGGUGUCAAGGUCAAGGAAAGAUUGGGCAUCCAAGCUCGAUGACGCUCUAUGGGCGUAUAGGACAGCCUUCAAGACACCCAUCGGUAUGUCUCCCUUUCAACUUGUCUAUGGGAAAGCUUGUCACUUGCCGGUUGAGCUUGAGUAUAGGGCAUAUUGGGCGAUCAAGAAGCUGAACUUUGAUUGGAAAUCCGCUGCGGAGAAGCGAGUGUUGCAGCUUCACCAACUCGACGAGAUUCGGUUAGACGCCUAUGAGAAUGCCCGGAUUUACAAGGAGAGAACAAAGAGAUGGCACGAUCGUCGGAUUUUGCAGAGGGAUUUUAGAGAAGGUGAUCAGGUACUUCUCUUUAACUCAAGGCUCAAAUUAUUUCCAGGCAAGUUGAGAUCGCGUUGGUCGGGGCCUUUCACGAUUAAGCACGUCUACCCUCACGGAGCAAUAGAGCUAUAUGGCUAUGGAGGGGACACAUUCAAGACCAACGCACAGAGGUUGAAGGUUUACAACCCCGGGGAACACGACAAAGAGAGGAGCUCGAUGAGCUUCUCUGAUCCUCAAGACGAGCGAGCAACCCCGCGGUCAAGCUUAGGACCAUAA